AAAUCAUAACGAAGUAGUACAUGAAUAAGAAAGAAAGAAAAAAAAAAAAAAAGUUGUUACCAUUAACAAACAAAAAUGGGGAAAUGCCCUGCUUUGAUGAUAUACCUCUCUUCUUUUAUUCUUUUUGUCCUUCAAACACUCCAUGGUGUUAACUCCGUAGAGUGUUUCGGAAGCUCAUACAACCGUAACAGCAGCUACCCUAAGAACCGCGAGAAACUCUUCUCUGAUCUUGCUGAUAAAGUCGUUGCUAACCGCGGAUUCUACAACGCUUCAUUCGGCCAAUACCCCGACAGAGUUUAUGCUCUUGCCAUGUGCGCAAGAGGCUACGACGAAGAAGCUUGUUUCAGUUGCGUCCAAUCAUUGGCUCUGGAUAAACAAAAUAAAUGCCAAAGCCGCAAGGACUCCUUCAUAUGGGGAGGCAAUGACGACGUUUCUUGUCUUGUUCGUUCCUCAAACAACUCAACUUUUAGGAGCCUCCAGCUUAGUCCUCCUUUUGUAUCCGUAAGUCCAAAUUCUAUCGAGCCAUCUAAAACGUUGACAAUUUUCGUACCACAGUGGGAAGCAAUGGUUAAUCGGACCCUCAAGGCUGCCACGAAGGCUAAUACUUCCUCGGUACUCAAGUACUAUAGUGCCGGAAAAGCCGGGUUCACAGAGUUUCCAGAUGUUUACAUGCUGAUGCAAUGCACACCCGAUAUAACUUCUGAAGAUUGCAAUGCAUGUUUGGAAGGUUGCGUGGUAUAUUUUAGAACAAAGUAUCUAGGAAGAGGAGGAGGCAUGGUUAGUUUUCCAAGCUGUUUUUUCAGGUGGGAUUUUUAUCCUUUCCAUGGUGCUUUUGAUGAUGUAACAAGAGUUCCUGCGCCUCCUCCUCGGCCUUAUGUUCAGGAAAAGGAGAACUCUAAAACAGAUAAGAAAGGUAGGAGCAUAGGAUUUGGCGGAAUUAUCGCAAUAAUCGCUGUUUUUACAUUCAUUAAUAUUUUGGUGUUUAUUGGCUUCAUCCAAGUAUAUGCUCAGAGGAGAAAUCUAAAAAAUGUUGGUGGUGCAGAGUACUCUGAUUCUGAUGGUCAAUUCAUGUUACGGUUUGAUCUUGGUAUGAUCAUAAUAGCAACCGAUGACUUCUCUUCUGAAAAUACGCUUGGCCAAGGUGGAUUUGGUACGGUCUAUAAGGGUACAUUUCCAAACGGGAAAGAGGUAGCCGUCAAGAGAUUAACAAAAGGUUCAGGACAAGGAGAUAUAGAGUUCAAGAAUGAGGUUUCACUCUUGACAAGACUCCAACAUAGGAAUCUGGUUAAGCUUCUUGGGUUCUGUAAUGAAGGAGGUGAAGAGAUUCUUGUCUACGAGUUUGUCCCUAACGCAAGUCUUGAUAACUUUAUCUUCGAUGAAGAAAAGCGUUCGCUUCUUACAUGGGAGGUAAGGUUCAAAAUUAUAGAAGGCAUUGCUCGAGGUCUUCUUUAUCUUCAUGAGGAUUCUCAUCUGAAGAUCAUUCACAGAGACUUGAAGUUGAGCAACAUCCUUUUAGACGCUGAGAUGAACCCUAAAGUUGCAGAUUUUGGGACAGCGAGGUUGUUUGACACUGACGAGACUCGAGCUGAAACAAAACGAAUAGCUGGAACCCGUGGAUAUAUGGCUCCCGAAUAUCUGAAUCGCGGAGAAAUCUCAGCUAAAUCUGAUGUUUAUAGCUUCGGUGUCAUGCUUCUAGAAAUGAUAAGUGGUGAAAAAAACAAGAGCUACGAAGGAGAAGGACUUGCUGCUUUUACAUGGAAGAGAUGGGUUGAAGGAAAGCCUGAGAUUAUAAUUGAUCCUUUAUUGAUAGAGCAUCCGAGAAACGAGAUCAUCAAGUUGAUCAAGAUUGGUUUGUUGUGUGUUCAAGAGAAUGCAGCAAAGAGACCAACCAUGAGUUCUGUGAUAAUUUGGCUUGGAAGUGAGACCAUACUUACUCCUUUACCUAAUGCUCCUGCUUUCACUGGGAGCCAAUCCCAAUCUGAAAGUGGUACAACAAUGUCAAUGAGCGGCGAUGUCUUCACGGAGUUGACUUGUCGUUGAGUUAAUCACUAUGCAAUUUAUCUUGUGGUCUUGCGAUAUUUUUCCUUUUGGUAUAUAGGAAAUUUAUGUAUAAACCAAAGCGGUAACAAUCGGAGAAGUCUUGGCCAUAAAACUGGAAAAUAAUGACAGUGUUAUUAUUUUGUUAACCGGAAAUAAAUGGUUAGCCAAUUGACAUAUUUCUUCAAGGUAUAUAUUGUUGUCUUGACCA